GAGAAGGCUAUGGCUAGAGUCAAGCCCUCAGGGCAGCCUAGUGGUGGGUCAUCCCUUGGGAAGAGGAAAUUUGAGGGGAGCCGUCGGUCCCUUUUCCUUGCACCACCUAGGUCUGAAAUCAGCAAGGGCUCUAGAUGGUCAGGAGCCACCAAGACAGCGAGUCAGGCAUCAUCGACCCCACGUGCUCGUCCUACUCAGCCUAUUUGCCAUGUUUGUGGGAAGGUCAGGCACACCCGGGAUCAAUGCCACAUUACUACUGGGGCUUGCUUCAAAUGUGGCAAGCAGGGACACCGGAUUGCAAAUUGUCCACUGCUAGACCCCAAGACUCAGGGCACUCAACCUACCUCUCCACAGGGUUCUACCAGUCAGGGGGCGCAGAAACAGAGUACUGGGGUUCGGACAAGAGCCCAGCAGGCGAGAGUGCAAGUGAUGACUCACAAGGAAGCUGCGGCUACCGACGUAAUCACGGGUACCUUGCCUGUUAACUCUAAUUAUGCGCAUGUUUUAUUUGAUUCGGGUGCAUCGCAUUCUUUUAUUGCUCGAUCCUAUGUUUUGAAACGAGCUUUGCCUGUUGAUAUCUCUGAUUGUGAACUGCACGUGGACACCCCUUUAGGAGGGGUGAUGACUACUAGGGAGGUGUGUAGGACUGUGGAUAUUUAUGUUGAUGGUAGACAGUUGAGUGCUAGUUUGUUUGUUUUAGACAUCUCCGACUUUGAUAUCAUUUUGGGGAUGGAUUGGCUGUCUAAGCACUUUGCCUCUAUAGACUGUCAUCGGAAAUGGGUAAAUUUUAAUAUUCCUGGUGAGCCAGAAUUUAGUUUUCAAGGCAGUGGUUCUUUUGCUCUACCCGUGUUAGUAUCUGCCUUGCAGGCUCAGAAAUAUCUUGUAAAUGGUUGCCAGGGCUUCCUAGUCUCUGUUACUGACUAGAAGACAUACCGGUGGUGCAUGAGUUUCCGGAUGUAUUUCCGGAGGAUCUCCCAGGUUUAAUUAAAUACCUAGGAUUUGUUUUGGAUUUGGCUAGCCAAUGGAUCUUAGAACCAUGGUGAGACGAGUGAUGGGGUUAGACAAGGGACGAUUUUGAUUGUAAAUGUUGGUGAAAUUGAUCUAGUUCUGGAACUUUUAGUUUGGAUGAUAAACUGAGAUGAUAAUGAUAAAUCUGGAAUUUGUGUUUGGGGAUUUUAAAUGCUCUGUUGAUAAAAGUUCUUGCAAAAUUGAUUGACUUAGUUUUAUGGUUCCUUGUGUCAUUGUAUCUUCCGAUGAGGUAUUGUGCUUAGGCUCAAAUCUGUUUUGCGUUUAGGCUUAGAGUUUUGGUUCCCUUUAGUUUUUGGAGUGGUUGAUGAUUUUAGUGUCUGUGUGAAUCUGCUUGUAAGCUUCUGUUUUAGAUUUAAAAUAAGUUAUUUUGCAUUCGUAAUGGUAAUUAAAUUGGUUCGUUUCUCGUGUUUCGAUCGUAUGACUGGUUCAAUAUAUCCGUUGAUAUUGAUAAUUUUUGCAUGGAUAACUGGGUUUGCCUGUGUAAUGAACUUAGUGGUGAAGC